GGCUGGUCUCACCUAUUGAUCGUCUAUGUUACAUCUCACAGCUAGAAUCUUUGAUGGAUUCACAAAAAAAUGGCAGUUCCAGCUCCUGCUUUCGAGGACCUGGUGGAAGGGGCCUGCAGUGCCGACGAAGGAGCGAUUUCCGUGCCGCGGACCCUCAAGGAGUUCGACACUUUCUUUGCCAGACACGUGCCUACUGGUUUUACUGGUGAAAGUGCGGAACACGGUUCAAUAAUGACUUACGGGGAAGUUCUAUCCGAGGCCCUAGGUACAAUGCUCGAGCGGGCAGCAGCGGAGGAUGCACGACAGGAGACUCCUGAAGAUGGAAAUAGCGUGGACGUUGGAGGUGAUCUCUUACCAUGUUGGCCUUCAGCUUCGUCUAAAGUAUUCUUAGACCUUGGCAGCGGCGUUGGCAAGGGACCGAUCGUGGCCUCGUUGUGGGCCAACGUUUUGCAGAAGGUCCGUUACCGCCUGCAGAAAUCCAUUGGGGUGGAAUUGAGUCCCCAUCGGCAUCAGAGUGGAUUGAGAGCCCAGCAACUUCUCUCCGAGUUGGAUCCGGAGUAUUCUGCCGACCUCGCCGAAACCCUGCUUCUCGUGGAGGGAGACGUCCUAGAGUGCGCACUAGCCUACAUCGCCGCCGCCGAUGUGAUUUGGGUCUCCAAUUUGCUUUUCCCGAAAGAGACCACAGCCAGACUGGCGCGACUCGUUUUAAGGCUCUCGAGGAGAUGAAUUGGUUUUGAUUAUUGUCAUUCCCCUCAUUUUCAGCUGAGAAAACCUAGGAGACUGCUACUUACUACUACACUAGAAGAUGCUAGAAGUAGAAGUGGUAUUUAAUGCAUGAUCAUGUCCAUUUUCGUCGUAGUGUGCUCUAAUGUUUGACGCCUUCUGCAAACCUGGUUGCUUACUGCUCGCCAGUCGCGAAUUACAUUUGGUGCGGGAACAUGAACACUGCGGUGGCGAAAUUCUGCCCCAAAGUUGGCAUGCGGCGCACAAGGUUUUCGUCUACAAACUCGGAAAUACCUCGCGACCUUGCUAUUAAGGGACACCCCGCACUAAUCAUACGUGUCAUCUCCUCACGUAACCUCUGCAAGUGUGACUCAACAUAAUGAAAAAUGAUCGUCAGCAAGGUCACUAUCUAAUGCUAUGGCCGGCAAUUGCUGUGGCCGGGAUGGCGGUGCGCCAGCGCGUAUUACCACACAGAGAAGGCGUUCGAAGCACGGAAGCGAGAGGAUCGAGAAAAGAGGGCGGAAGUGGCGUCUACCAGCGCAGGUUCAUCGGCGUCUUCUUCCGUGGAUGAAGAGGAGUAUGGGUUUCGUGCUCACCCUAGAAGUAUAAGUACUAAGAAUACUGACCCCGAAGAAGACUUUGCUGCAAAGAAGUACUCAGGUCGCCUAGGGUCGCAUGCGUCGGGGGGAGAAAAAGAAGCGGAUGUUGAAAUACGGUUCGGUCCUUCAUUCCUCUUGUCUCUGGCAUCGGUCAUGUGGUCUCCGUUAGCAAUGUGCAGCGGCACUGGGUCCACAUCAUCGCUUGGUAAAAAACGCUUUAUUUCCACUUCGUUAAGAAUGGCAGCGAGCGAUUGCGACCGUUCUUCUUUCGUGGAAGACCAGCAAGUGCAAGAAGAUGGUGUUGAAACUAAAAGUGAUGCUCCUGGAUCAACCCCGUACUUGGAUCAGUUGACGUUGUUGCUAGACGAAAAGAGGCGGCAGAUUGGUGGGGGCCCGUACACUAUCUCGCUUUACACCUGGGUCCCAUUGGAGGACGAUCGCAGAAGACAGACUUUUUGGCGGGAAAAUAAUCAAAAUUUUCAGACUUGGUCUAGCGCAGAUGCGAAAGACGAAAGAGCAACUGUUGAAGAAGGAGGAGGAACAACACCAGAGCUUGGCAAAGAAUUGCUCAGCGUGGACGAGCACUUGGGUCGUUGUUUCAGCUACUGGAGUCUCGUAGACAGCAUUCCGAGAGCAGGGGCGGACUCAAUUCUCAGUUCUGUGCAGGACUAUGCGGAGAUAGAGCCGGAAGAAACCACAAACUCAAACGACUAUAAUGAGGCCGAUGCCGCAAAUGACACAGCAACUCCAUACAGGGACCCUUCAGAGAAGUAUGGUCUCUACCCAUGGGGCCUACCAUGUGUGCCGGAGUUAUUCUCAGCUGAAUGGUACGCGGAGCUGAAAUUGCCGCGACAGCACCUUCGCUGCGCGGUCACUGACGCAUUGCUUUUCUUCCGGUCUGCAGAAACACUCUUAUUAAGCUUUGGCUUUCAAUACUAGACUUGCUUCUUAAGAAGUGCAACUGAAAGUGAAUCAACCUCAAAGCGAAAUUAAUAAAGUAGUCGGAGGACACUACAAGAACUACUUACUAUGAUGAUUCUGGGCUUCUUAUGCUGAAAACCCUAGCAUUACAUCCUCUAAUCUUAGUGCCGCCGGCGUUUGGAAGUGGAGUCGAUCAAAAUUCUGGGGGUAAUGUGCCAGGCGCAGAAAAGUACAGAGCAACAGAAGCAGAUGAUCUGUCAUUCUCGCAGUUUCGACGUCUUGUUACUCAGCGGCUCACUUGGAGAGAAUGGGCGUUUGGUUAAGUGUCUAGAUUCCAUUUUUCGCGUUUGCCAUGCGCAACAAUCCCCUAUGGCGAUAUCAAAGGCAAUCUGAACCUAUUGCAGGCAAAGGGAGGAGAUCAAAG